GUCUGGGCUCUGUCCCAGGCUGCAUGAUGCUCGGCAGCAUCCACAAGGCAGCAAACAUAUAGUCAGUGCUCACACCGCACCACAGCUCAUCGCUUUUUUUCCGCCCACGACAGGACACUCCGACAGUCGCGUUGGAUUAACCCCCCAUCUUUGUCGGUCACGUCCACGUAGCUUCCCACGGCGGCGACACUGACUGCAUGUGUGGAGGGGCUGGGUAGUGGGGUGGGGGUGGGAGGGUGCGCAGAACUCGGCGUCGCCUGGCCAGGUAAGACACGUCGGACUCGAUUUGGUUCCCACAAAGGGCGAUGAUAACAUUGACGUGACUUUAAUUAAUAUUCGUUUCAAGGCAGGUGUAGUUCGUAGCGGGCCAAUGAGACUGUGAGGGGGAACACAACAGUGGUCACCGAUGGGCCACAUCCUUAUUAGUCAAAUGCACGAGCCCAUCAAUCUAACGUUAGACUUUCCUCCUUCAGCAUCUCCAUUCACUCCGCCCAAUGGCUUCGGACACUUGUUUACAUCCGUGGGAUUUGUCUGCCUUUUGGAUUUACUUGGUCUCUGCCGGACGGUAAAAGACGUUCAAUCGGAAUACUAGGUCGUAAAUAUCCCGUCAGGUCAGCCCAUCCAAGCGCCACAUGAGGGGACGCGCAGUGCGCCCCUGCGCCGCGGUGCUGCUGUGACUCGGUCGCCGGGUUCAAACAUAGGGACCGCAGGGCCGAUGCUGCGCGGCCAGGGCAUGCUGAAGAGCCGCUGCUGCGUCCUGCUUGGUGACCUGAGGCUGCUCCUGCUCGGGCCGCCGGCACCUCCGCCGCCUCCGCUCAGCCCCAUGAGCGGACAAGCCGCGCAGAGCCGCGAGCCGGGCGUCACCGAGCGAGGCACCCCACCCGCGGCAGCAGCCACCGCUGCCGCCGGGGUUGGAGCCGAGCGAGGACCGGCAGUGGCGGGCUGGGUGGAUGCCACGGAGCUGUCGGCAGCACUGCGCGGAUGCGGCAGCUCCUCAGAUGACUGCUCGAAGGGCAAACUGGAGGAGAGGUUCUCCCUCACCAGCUACACGGAAAGCGGCUUCAGGACGCCCGUAUGCAGAAUCUGCUUCCAGGGACCGGAGCAUGGGGAGCUCCUGAGCCCGUGUCGCUGCUGCGGCUCAGUCCGCUGCACCCACCAACCCUGCCUAAUCAAGUGGAUCAGCGAGCGAGGUUCCUGGGCCUGUGAGCUCUGUUAUUACAAGUAUCAGGUCAUCGCCAUAAGCACAAAGAACCCACUGCAGUGGCAGGCCAUCUCACUCACAGUGAUUGAGAAAGUGCAGAUCGCAGCGGCCAUUCUGGGCUCUCUCUUCUUGAUGGCCAGCAUCUCCUGGCUGGUGUGGUCCUCCUUCAGCCCCUCAGCACGUUGGCAGCGCCAAGACCUGCUCUUCCAGAUCUGCUACGGCAUGUACGGCUUCAUGGACGUCGUCUGCAUAGCGCUGAUCGUCCACGAGGGGCCUGCUGUGUUUCGCAUCUUCCACCGCUGGCAGGCUGUCAACCAGCAGUGGAAGGUCCUCAACUAUGACAAGUCUAUGGACAACGUUGACCUGAAGGAUGUCGGGGUGGACAGGACUCAACAGCCCAGCCAGGCUUAUCAGACUGGUCUCGGGGUGUCCACCUCCACCUCCUCGCUGAUGGUGGUGGCCUCCACUGACACCGGCACGGCAUCCACCACCGUAGCGGCGGCCGCAGGAGGUCCGGGGACGCACGGGAACCCCGAUGGCGGCGCGGUGGCCGACCCCCAUUGCCCCUACAACCUCCUGCACCUCCUCAGCCACUUGAGGCCAUCGGAGCCUCGCGGCCAAGCCGGUGGUAACGCAAGAGAGCUUGUCAUGCGAGUCACGACAGUCUGAGGAGUCCGAUGAGGCCUUAUCUCUAACGCGGACGGGCGAGGGGAUACUUGCAAAGCAGCUGAACUGCACCAGACUGAUAACGUCUUCUUGUUUGCAUCAUCACUGUCCUUCCAUGGAUUGAAUAAAAUACAAAUUGGUUAUUUUGCAGAGCUGCCUGGAAAAUUCCUUCUCACGGGGAUUCAUGAUACAGUUCACAAGGGUCCUGAUAUGACCUUUUAAGAUUAAUUAGUAUUGUAACGACUGUUUUUCAUUUUGUUGCGUCGCGCAGUUCAUCAAUAAAGUUCUUUUUUUAAUGAUACUUUUAUCCAUGUAUACAUUUGAUAUUUUAUUAGACUUUGUAUUUUGUACUUUUCACAUUUCAUAGCUGCCUCUUUUUUGUUUUAUGUUAAAAAAUGCCUUUUCCACAG